AUGGCACUCGUUACUACUCUCAUGACAACUCCAACAGUUUUGGCGAUUUACAAACCCCUCCGUAGUGUUACUACUCAAACUCGACAACAAUUGGAGAGAAAAUCAGCGAAUGGCGAGAAACCAGAAGACGAAUUUCGGAUCUUGGCUUGCAUACACGGUCCUGAAAGUGUUCCUUCACUCAUCAAUGUUAUAGAGUUAAUGAGGAACACCAAGAUAUCCCGUCUCAAACUCUACGUCAUGCACCUUGUUGAGCUCACUGACCGCUCGUCGUCGAUUGUUAUGGUUCAGAAAGCUCGAAAGAAUGGCGUUCCUUUCAUUAAUAAAGUCCGUCGGGGCAUGUCAAAUAAUCAAAUAGUCACUGCAUUUGAAACUUAUAAGCAACAGGGAAGAGCCAUUAUUCGCCAUUUGACAGCCAUUUCAUCGUUGUCUUCAAUGAAUGAGGACAUUUUCCAUGUUGCGGAGGACAAGAGGGUGACGAUGAUCAUCUUGUCCUUCCGCAAACAGUGGAGAGGAGGAGACGGCGCAGAGGCGAUGGAUAGCGUUUUACCUAGUUGGAGAGAGGUCAACCGGAAGGUUUUACAGAAUGCACCUUGCUCGGUGGCAGUGCUCGUCGACCGUGGAUUUAGUUGCGAGUCUAAGACGGUGGGAGACUCCACCGCUUCCAUGCCGAAAAGGGUAUGCAUUGUAUUCGUCGGGGGCCCCGAUGAUCGGAAAUCUUUGGAACUAGGCGGCAGAAUGGCAGAACAAGCAACAUUUAAGCAGACUCUAGUAAGGUUCAUUGAGAACGACAAUGGCUUAUCAAGGAACGAGAUUAACUGCGAGGGGGAAAAGGAACUGGAUGAUGUCGCACUGGAGGGAUUCAAGAGGAAGUUGAGCGAGUCAGUGGAGUACCAAGAGAAGAUGAUGAGCAACAUCAAACAGGAACUGCUAACGAUUGGGCAAAGUAGGGAUUACGACCUUGUAUUAGUUGGGAAAGGAAGGUUCCCAUCAAAUAUGGAGGCAAAAAUUGCCGAUAAUCAGGCCGAGAACGUGGAGCUGGGACCGAUUGGAAACAUUUUGGCUUCAUCACACUAUUGCAUUUUAUCAUCCGUUCUUGUGAUCCAAUGCCAGCACAAUGCUGAAGGAAAUGAAACUAAUGUCUCUAAAACGGUUUCUGACAAGAUAAUUCAUGCAAGGAAUAUAGCUGAAGAAUCCCGUGUGUGAGGAUGAUUAGGAAAUUAAUGUGCACGUGCCUUUAUAGCUCCACUAUUCAGAUGUACAAGUAUGUUUGGUGGGGAACCUGAAGUUCAGUUCUUAGAGAUCAGCU